AUGGCCGUCCGGCUCGCCGCCAGCCGACCCGUGCUGUGCCCGGCCUCCGGCCGCCUCCGCGCCUGCCGGCCUCAGCCGCCUGGCCCGCGCCACGCCAUCUCCUCCCGCGCCGACUGGCCGCUACUGGCCCCGCCUCGCCUCGCGCGCGUCCUCGCGUCCGCCGGCUGGGCCCCGUCCGGCAGUCGGCUUCCCCGCGCGCGCCGAGUCGCCGACCCCGCGCCACCGCCUGCUCGCCGGGUCGCCUCGCAGCCGGCGCCCGCCUCCUCAUGCCCGAGCCGUACCCGCCCACGGCGCAGGCCCCGUCGCCCUCCGGCUCCGGCCGCCCCGACAGCCGCGCUGCUCCUCCUCGACCCGGCCUCCCGCGCGCCCAAGGCUCUGGCCGGCCUCGCCGCGCCCGGCUCGCCUCCCGCGGCCGCCGCGCCCGGCUCGCCUCCCGCUGCCGCCGCGCCCGUCCAGCCGGCCGCCGCCUCGCCAAACACGGAGCCCGCCCGGCCGGCCUCCGGCUGCCCGCGCCUACAGCGACCUCCGCACCACCUCCUCCACCAGGCCUCCCCGGGCCACCUCCCGCAAGUCGGCCCCGGCCUCUGA